AAAAUUCAAGUACGACACGUUAUUUUCCCAAAAUAUUUAUACCAACAUAAAUUUACUAUCUUAACCUUAUAAAUAUACUUUUUAUUAUUCUUACAACAAUGGUGUACACGUUAACAUUAAGGGUAUAAUCGUAAUUGUGUAAGUGGUAUUGAGUUGAUAACAUAUUCCAACAACUAGUAAAAUUCAAAGUAAUGUACAACUUCUAUAGCAUAGUGUACAAGUAGCAUAUUCUCAUCUCCCCUAUGUAAGUUUGGGCGUUGCCUGCGGAGGAACUUCAUCAGUUCAGCUUUGUUUUCAAGUAAUGGAUCCAUACGGUCACAACCACCACCACCACCACCGCCGUGACGACGAACCACCGUACCCACCUCCACCACACUUCGGCGGUGGACCACCACCUCACUACCCUCCUCCACCUCAUCUUGCUUACCCACCACCUCCAAACCGUGUUGAUGUCUACCCUCCUCCGUACACGGCAGAAUACCACCAUCCACCACCACCACCGCAAACCAUCCACCAUGUCUAUCACGAGAACACUCACCAUAUCCCCCACAUGCCUCCGAUCAUCAAUCAGCACCAUACCGAUCACCAUAAAAUCCCCGAAAAAUACACUGACAAUAAACCCACAGUUAGGGUUUACACCAAGGCGAGACCCGAUUUCUCACUCACGAUCCGUGAGGGUAAAGUGAUUCUAGCACCGUCUAACCCCUCCGAUCCUCAUCAGCAUUGGGUUAAAGAUCUGAAGUUUAGCACAAGGGUGAAAGAUGAACAGGGUUAUCCGGCUUUUGCCUUGAUCAACAAAGCCACUGAUCAAGCCAUGAAACACUCCAUUGGUGCAACUCAUCCGGUUCAACUGAUUGAGUACAACCCUAAUAGACUUGAUGAAUCGGUUCUUUGGACUGAAAGCAAGGACUUAGGUGAUGGGUAUAGAACUGCGAUAAUCAAAGGUGGAACAUGGUUCCAUAUUGAGGAUAUUCUAUUAUGUUGAUGUCUAGAAGCUAGCUAUAUAAUAUUUGUCAUGCGGGAGGCUUUAUGUUUCUUGUGACUGGUGUUUGUGUUGUGUGGAUAUGUGAACAAUGAAAUAUUUGAAUAACAAUGACAUGUUUGAUGUUUUAUAUAUAUAACUUGGGGUUAUAUAGAUUAUUUGAUGAGCAUUAUUUGCUUGGUUUAUCCUUUAAUAACCAAUUAUUUUCAAC